AUGCAGACGAAGAAGCUCUAUAUCUCCUCCAUACUCUGUUUUCUUCUCUACGGUUCAUUGAUCUCAUGUUCACCAGUUCCAGACCCAGAAGCUGUUGUCGAAGAAGUUCACAAGAGCAUUAAUGCGUCGGUUGCAGGAAGAAGGAAGUUAGGCUAUCUGUCAUGUGCGACCGGAAACCCAAUCGACGACUGUUGGAGAUGUGACCCUCACUGGGAGACAAACCGACAGCGUCUGGCUGAUUGCUCGAUUGGGUUCGGCAAGAACGCGAUUGGUGGUCGAGACGGUCGGAUCUACGUGGUGACCGACUCAGGAAACGACGACCCAGUGAGCCCGAAACCCGGAACGCUAAGGCACGCGGUGAUCCAAGACGAGCCGCUCUGGAUCAUAUUCCAGAGAGACAUGACGAUUCGGCUCAAGGAAGAGCUGAUAAUGAACUCCUUCAAGACCAUCGAUGGUCGUGGCGCCUCCGUACACAUCGCGGGUGGGCCUUGCAUCACAAUCCAGUACGUGACGAACAUCAUUAUCCACGGAAUCCAUAUCCACGAUUGCAAGCAAGGAGGCAACGCUAUGGUGCGGAGCUCCCCACGGCAUUUCGGGUGGAGAACGGUCUCGGACGGUGACGGUGUCUCCAUCUUCGGAGGUAGCCACGUUUGGGUCGACCAUUGCUCGCUCUCCAAUUGCGACGAUGGCCUCAUUGAUGCUAUCAUGGGCUCGACCGCAAUCACACUCUCCAACAAUUUCAUGACGCACCACGACAAGGUCAUGCUGCUUGGUCACAGUGACACUUACGCUCGUGACAAGAAUAUGCAAAUCACUAUUGCUUUUAACCAUUUCGGUGAAGGCCUCGUCCAGAGAAUGCCUAGGUGUAGACAUGGCUACUUCCAUGUGGUGAACAAUGACUACACACAUUGGGAGAUGUAUGCAAUUGGAGGAAGUGCUAAUCCUACAAUCAAUAGUCAAGGGAACAGAUUUGUGGCCCCAAAUAUCAGAUUUAGCAAAGAGGUGACUAAGCACGAGGACGCACCAGAGAGCGAGUGGAGGAGUUGGAAUUGGAGAUCUUCUGGAGAUUUGUUGCUAAACGGAGCAUUCUUCACGCCUUCUGGUGGUGCCUCUUCCUCUUCCUAUGCCAAGGCAUCUAGCCUUGGGGCUCGACCUUCUUCUCUCGUUGGACCAUUGACCUUGUCCUCUGGUGCACUCAAUUGCCGUAAGGGUGCACGUUGCUGA